AUGCGGCUGGGCCGCAGGGCCCUCUGCGCGCUGGUCCUGCUGCUCGCCUGCGCCUCGCUAGGGCUCCUGUACGCGAGCACCCGGAACGCGCCGGGCCUCCGGGCUCCCCCUGCACACUGGGCGCCCUUGCAGGGCCCCCCCAGGCCCCAGCUGCUAGACCUUGCCCCAGAGCCCCGCUACGCACAUAUCCCGGUCAAGAUCAAGGAGCAAGUGGUGGGGCUACUGGCUCAGAACAACUGCAGUUGUGAGUCCAGUGGAGGGGGCCUUUCCCUCCCCUUCCAGAGGCAGGUCCGAGCCAUUGACCUUACCAAGGCCUUUGACCCUCAGGAGCUGAAGGCUGCCUCUGCCACAAGGGAGCAGGAGUUCCAGGCCUUCCUUUCAAGGAGCCAGUCCCCUGCUGACCAGCUGCUCAUAGCCCCUGCCAAUUCCCCCCUACAGUACCCUGUGCAGGGUGUGGAGGUUCAGCCCCUCAGGAGCAUCUUGGUGCCAGGGCUAAGCCUGCAGGCAGUUUCUGGUCAGGAGCUAUACCAGGUGAACCUGACUGCCUCCCUGGGCAUCUGGGAUGUGGCAGGGGAAGUGACAGGAGUCACUCUCACUGGAGAGGGGCAGCCGGAUCUCACGCUCGCCAGCCCAGAGCUGGACCAGCUCAAUAGGCAGCUGCAGCUGGUUACUUAUAGCAGCCGAAGCUACCAGACCGACACAGCAGACACAGUCCGGUUCUCCACUGAGGGACACGAGGUUGUCUUCACCAUCCGCAUCAGACACCCUCCCAACCCUAGGCUGUACCCACCUGGGGCUGUACCCCAAGGAGCCCAGUACAACAUCAGUGCUCUGGUCACCAUUGCCACCAAGACCUUCCUUCGUUAUGACCGACUAAGGGCACUCAUCUCCAGCAUCCGCCGCUUCUAUCCAACGGUCACCGUGGUCAUCGCUGACGACAGCGAGAAGCCUGAGCGCAUCAGCGGCCCACACGUGGAGCACUAUCUCAUGCCUUUCGGCAAGGGCUGGUUCGCAGGCCGGAACCUGGCGGUGUCCCAAGUGACCACCAAGUACGUGCUAUGGGUGGACGACGACUUCGUUUUCACCGCGCGAACGCGGCUGGAGAGGCUCGUGGACGUGCUGGAGAGGACGCCACUGGACCUGGUGGGGGGCGCUGUGCGCGAGAUCUCGGGCUUCGCCACCACCUACCGGCAGCUGCUGAGCGUGGAGCCCGGCGCUCCGGGCGGCGGGAACUGCCUCCGGCAGAGGCGCGGCUUCCACCAUGAACUCGUCGGCUUCCCGGGCUGUGUGGUCACCGACGGCGUCGUCAACUUCUUCUUAGCGCGAACCGACAAGGUGCGGGAGGUCGGCUUCGACCCGCGCCUCAGCCGCGUAGCCCAUCUGGAGUUCUUCCUGGACGGGCUUGGUUCCCUUCGAGUGGGCUCCUGCUCAGAUGUGGUUGUGGAUCAUGCAUCCAAGUUGAAGCUUCCUUGGGUGUCAAGGGAUGCCAGGGCAGAGACUUACGCCCGGUACCGUUACCCGGGAUCACUGGAUGAAAGUCAGGUGGCCAAACACCGCCUGCUCUUCUUCAAACACCGGCUACAGUGCAUGACCGCAGAGUGA